AGAGAGAGAGAGAGAGAAGCAAGGAGAUGAUCGGAGCAGUUCAAUUGGGAGUGUUGGCGGCUUGCGUUGUGGUUUUAGUUCCGAUGGGCAUGGCCGGUUAUCAUCUCAGCCGCAACAAGAUGCUCUUCUUCAGCGGCGCCCUCUUCAUCACUCUCGCCAUCGGCGUCCACCUCACCCCUUACUUCCCUUCCGUCACCGACUUCGUCACCACCGUCUCCUCCGUCGUCGUCUUCCAGAACCGCCGCGACUCCUGCCUCUCCCACCUCCACGACCUCGUCUGGGACGUCUCUCCCUCCCCCGAUUCCCCCCUCGAUUUCCACAAGUCCUGGGCCUGGGACGACGCCUCCUCCGUCUCCGCCUGCGGCUUCCAGAAGCUCGGCCGAUUCGACGCCGCCGAUCUCCUCAACGGAUCUUGGGUCGUCGUCGCCGGCGACUCCCAGGCCAGGCUCAUCGCCGUCUCGCUCCUCGCUCUGGUUCUCGAUUCCGACCGGAUGGACCAGGUCCGCGGUGACCUGUUCAAGCGCCACAGUGAUUAUCAGAUUGUGGUUGAUGAGAUUGGGAUGAGGUUGGACUUCUUCUGGGCCCCUUAUGCUCUCAAUUUGACCACUCUCGUUGCCGGUUUCAACCGAAAUCGAAACUACCCAGACGUCUUGGUCAUGGGCUCUGGUUUGUGGCACAUGCUUCAUUUCACUAAUGCGUCCGAUUACGGUGCUUCACUGCAAUCGCUGAGGGCUCACGCUGCUUCUCUGGUCUCGUCGUCUGAGCAGCAUGAAGAAGCGGUGACAGGGUCCGUGCUGGCCAGGCCUUCGCCGCAUCUCUUCUGGAUUGGGAUGCCCACUCUGAUCAACUCAAUGCUGAAUUCGGAUGAGAAGAGGGAGAAGAUGACCGACGUCUUGAGGGCUGCCUAUGACGACCAGCUUCGAAGCAGUAAUCUUGUGCGCAAGUCGAAUGGACCCUUUUUGCUGUUGGAUGUUGAGUCCUUGAGCUGGAAUUGUGGGGUGAGAUGUACGGUGGAUGGAAUGCACUAUGAUAUGAUAGUUUAUGAAGCCGCGCUUCAUAUCAUGCUAAAUGCAUUGCUCAUUGAAUCUCAUCAGAAGCUUUGAGUUGUCUUUCGGAGCUUACUCCGUGUAAUGUGUCCUGCUGCUGCCACCCGGCUUGGAGGUUCGGAUGGAUUUCAUACGCAAACUCUUUGAUUUGGAUUCUUGUGAGAGGUUGGUUGGCUUCUUUUCUUCUCUCUUAUCUCGUAUCAUUGAAUGGAAAUAUCUUGCAUCUUUGGUUGCUGCCAGGUUUUUUGUCUUUUGGCAUCGGAUUGAGUUAGAAUAGAGUUUCUGUGAUAUAGUAAUUGAUGUUGAAAUUCAUUUGUAUCUUGUUUACAUUUAUUUGAAGAUUGAAUAUACUUACCAUCACUUGUAUUCUAUACUCUAUAUACUCAGACCAAUUUUGAUGUAAUUUGAUGUGAAACAAUUCAGAAUACGAUUUAGCUGGACAGGAAAGGAAACUGUACUGUAUCUUUUGUA